GUUAAGUUUGCGAGCAGAGGAGGAAAGAACGGCAGAGAGACCAGGGGAGGUCUGACGACACUAUCCCAGCAUACCCAGCACCUACUUUAAAUGCAGACUCUGAUAAACGCAGGCAGGCUCUGAUUUACUGGAGGAACACCAAGAAAUAUAGCCAAGCUGUCACACUCCAAGACAUGUGUGCAACUUUCCCUGCCAGGACAAAAGCUUAAGAGGAGGUUUGGAAACAUACAUGUGUGUCCCGUCCAUGGCAAAAAAGUCUGCAUGAACUCUGACUGCUGGAGGUCCAACUUAAGGAUGGAGGAUACAUGUUUCAGGCUAACGUUUUCUGAUUCAGCCCUUAAGAGAACAUCUAGUAAAGCAUAGAAGGUGAAACAAGAGACACAAGAAAUUUAAUCACCCUUAACAGCGCUUCCAGGCUGAUAUGAUGCUGUGGUACCACUACAGUCGUCACCUGCUGUCGCUUGCGGCGCUUCUGGUGAUUGUGAGCUGCGGAGGAGGUGAGCAACGGAGAGGGACGGACGGCAGCAGCAGUAGCAGUAAUGGAGGGAGUACUACUAGUAGUAGCAGCAGCAGCAGCAGUAAUUCCAAUAACAGACGUUUUCAUAAGAUCCAGCAUGGCCAGUGCACCUACACCUUCAUCCUACCUGAGGGAGAGGGAGCUGGAGGAGGCUCCUGCAAGGAAGCGAAGGCCAGUAGCUCGCAGUACAACGCCAACUCUCUCCAGAGGGACGCUCCACCACCUGAGCCAGACUUUCCCAGCCAGAAGAUCCAGCAGCUGGAGAACGUUAUGGAGAAUUACACCCAGUGGCUACAGAAGAUUGAGAACUACAUCAAAGAGAGUAUGAAAACAGAGAUGGCUCAGCUGCAGCAGAGUGCUGUCCACAACCACACUGCAGCCAUGUUGGAAAUGGGAACCAACCUCCUCUCUCAGACUGCUGAACAAACACGCAAGCUCACUGAUGUUGAGACUCAGGUUCUGAAUCAAACAUCAAGGCUUGAGAUCCAGCUGCUGGAAAAUUCUCUUUCAACCAACAAGUUGGAGAAGCAAUUGAUGGUCCAGACCAAUGAGAUCAGCAAGCUGCAUGACAAGAACAGCUUCCUAGAGGAGAAGAUGUUAGAGAUGGAGAUGAGACACCGUGAGGAGUUAGAGACACUGAAGCAGGAAAAGGGAAGUCUCCAAAACCUUGUGGGAAGGCAGAGCGGAGUUAUCAGAGAGCUGGAAGCCCAGCUGAGCCGGGCCACAGGAAACAGCACGGCACUGCAGAGACAGCAGCAGGAGAUGAUGGACACUGUCCACAACCUGCUCAACCUCUGCUCUAAAGAUGGAGUUGUUCCUAACAGUACAAAGGUCACGGAAGAAGAGAAGAAGUUUUGGGAUUGUGCUGACCUGUACCAGGCUGGUUUCCAUAAGAAUGGCGUCUACACCAUCCACGUUAAUGCACAGGAGACCAAAAAGGUCUACUGCAGAAUGGAAACAGCCGGCGGCGGAUGGACAGUCAUCCAGCGCAGAGAAGAUGGCAGCGUGGACUUCCAGAGAACGUGGAAGGAGUACAAGAUGGGUUUUGGGACCCUGUCUGCAGAGCAUUGGUUGGGAAAUGAGUACGUUUACCAGCUGACAAACCAGAGGCAGUAUGCCCUCCGUGUAGAGCUGACCGACUGGGACGGGCUCCAAGCCUUUUCACUGUACGAUCGCUUCCAAAUAGGCAGUGAGAAGCAAAACUACAGGCUGUUCCUGAAAAGCCACAGUGGGACUGCGGGCAGACAGAGCAGUCUAGUAAUCCACGGAGCAGACUUCAGUACCAAGGACAUGGACAAUGACAACUGCAUGUGCAAAUGCGCCCUCAUGCUAACUGGUGGUUGGUGGUUUGAUGCCUGUGGCCCUUCAAACCUUAAUGGUAUGUACUUUAACCAAGGACAACACAUAGGGAAGCUGAACGGUAUCAAGUGGCACUACUUUAAGGGCCCCAGCUACUCACUUCGAGCAACAACCAUGAUGAUCCGCCCACUGGACUUCUCCUAGUCUUUUGAACUUGUGAACUCGACUUCCACACAUUAGAGGGACAUUUCCUAUUUCCUACUCUCGUCUCAUCUCAUUUUCGCUGGACAGGGGAGUCACCCAGUGAAUCUUUUCUUCAGCCUGCGCCGCUGUUGCUUCGUAACCUUUCCCGACACUGAGCUGAAAAAGCCGGCGUGAGGAGGAGGAGGAGGAGCGCAGAUCAAGGCGCGACGCACCAGAACUGAUUUUCUGUUCCCAAGCGAUUUCACAAGCUUGAUGUUACAAAUGAGGAAGACGUUGUAAAUGUGUGAGCUUGUAGGGAAUAUUCACACAAAAUGUCGCACAUCAAUUUAUUUUCCUGGACCUGUGUUGCAAUAAUGUCAAGGACUUGAACGUUUUUUUUGUUUUGUUUUGUUUGAAUAGAAAGCAGCUACCACAGAGCUGCACAGACUCUAAAACUGCAGGACAGCAUUGUGACUUUUUUUUUUUGUAAUUUGUAAUUAAAAUGUUGCUAACAGAACACAGGCCAUCAGUAUCGCGGUUGUGUUACAUAUUGUGUUUUUAGUAUUAUUUUUUGUUAUCCUAACUGUACUCAUGAAACUAUCUUUCGUACAGUGUAUACUGAAUUCCUGUCUGCAUUAUGGAUACUGUAAGAACUUUUAAGAUGACCUUGAGAUUCCAGUGGUGAUAUACAGUUGGUAAGAAUUAGGAAGGUCGCUUGCAGUUAUUCGCUGGCAAUUAUGCACUUGUGUUUUUGACAGAGUGUGAUUAUUUUUAGAGUUCACCGUGUGAGGUUAUUAUUGGAUUAGAUUCUGGACUGAGAUGUAUUUGCCUUGUGUUUUUGGCCGAGGAGCAACUAACACAUGCCAAAGUUCACGAUAUGAGUGAUCACCUUUGCUGACUGUAAAAAAACAAGACAAAUAUCAUUCAAGGACAUUAAUCCCAAUGCAUAUGCGACUCUGAGGGGAAAAACAUUCACAUUUGCACACUUGCUACAAGUGAUUCUUACAGAUUUACACUAUAUAUGCUGUACAUAGCAUUCAGUAUAUGAUACCACGAAGCAAUUCGUUCAUAUUCACAAAGGUGUAAAUGCUUAUAUUAAGCUAGCGUCUCGAGCGAGUUAAGGUAAAAGGGGUUGUUUUUUUUGUCCAAUAGCUUUCAUCGAAUUCCGACCUCUAAACUUUCGAAAAAGAGCAGAUCAUUAGGACGAGUUACAUCCAAGAUAUUUUCCACAGACAUCAACAUGACACAUCCACUGAAUCCAGCCAGUUUCUGUUUCUCAUCAAUUCGGCUUAAGAGGAAAAAAAAGGAGUCUGGGUUGGAUAUGAAGCAUGAAAUUAAUGAUUCCACCAACUGAUCCGUGUGAACAUGUAUUUCAUAACUUCCAGCUUAUAAAAACAGAAUCUACUGUGGUGUAUUUACUAAAGGUACACGCGGCGAGAAGAUGAAGUGUAUCUGGAACUUGUAAAAUGACAAUUGACAUGUUUAUUAGCAUACUAAAAUUGUAGAAUUUAAUGGGUGUGCAUGUAAAGCAGCAUUCCUGCUUGUUUCUUUUCUUUCUUUUUUUUUUGCAGUUUUUACUCUGCCAGAGGUACAGUGGUGUUUUUUUUUAAGCUGAGCAUAAAACAUAGAAGUUAAAAUAAUAACCCUGGAAAAAAUGUGCCUUUGAUAACUUUGCUUUUACCUCGUUAACUUUUAGAUUUGCAGAUUUAUUUAAACAUCUUUUGUAACAUGUGGUCAGUGUUGUGUUGCUAAGGUUAAAUAAAAGCGCAUGUGAUGCACUAAUGUUUUCAA